AUGGAGUCUCUGGAGCACCUCCCUCAGGAGGCGGUACCACCCGCGAGGGACAACCCCUACGGAGGUCAAGAGGCCAGGAACAUGGCAUACGCACGAACGAGAAGCUCGCAAGGGCAAGGGGGCCGCGCGUUCCUGAGAGCGGCUCCCACCGACCGAGCUCGAGAGAUUCCAUCGAACGAAUUCGUCUACGCGACGAGACGCGCCUUGGGAGUUGAAGAAUUCUUGGCGGAAAGAUGUCCCAGGUGCCACAGAGGCAGGGAAGGCGAGAUCAUCACAACGGUGCACGCAAGGACAUGUCCAAGGGAUGGAGCACAGGUCAACAUGCACGAGCCGUUAAAAUACGCACUAUCGAGAGCACUCAACGGCCUUCGCGUCAAACACGAUGUUGAAAGCGGGGCACCGUUCACGGGGGAAAAAAACCUGAGCAUGGACAUCGUCAUCAGGCCAGGAGCCCUCACGAACGCAUCUUCUCCGGGGUACCGCAACAAAGGAAUACUCCUCGAUGUCACACACGCAGACCCGCAAGCACAGGUACACUUGCGGAACGGCAGCGCGACCAGCGAUGGAAUCGCAGCCCAAGCAUCCGAGGCGCGAAAGCGUCAGCACUACGCUCGUCCGGGACACGUGUCCUUUGACGAACGAAGCUUUAAACUUACCACCUUAGCCGUGGAAAGCUUUGGCCGCCUUGGAGGGGAGGGUUACGAGUUCAUCGAUGAACUUGCGACACAUGCCGUGGGAGGAAGGGACGGAGGAACGAUGGAUCUGAAAGGAGUCUUCAAGGAACGACUUCUUCAGAUCGUUUCGGUGGCUACACAGGUGGCCAUAUCUCGGCGAGUGCAGAGGUACAAGCUCGCAUUGCGCGGGCGUCAAGACGCCGAAAACAGGCGAACAAGAUCGACCUCGGACCAGUCAACGCCAAUGAUAUGGGGAUGGAGUGUAGACGCAUCGUAGAACGCGUUUUUGUUUGAAGUUGGCGUCUUGUUUGAGAGUAGAUGUGACAGAUUUGCGUAGAAUAGGGUAAGAUGUUAUCAUGAACGGAGAAGAAAGGGUUUUUCCAACACGGAGAUGUAGCAUGGAUCAAAGCAUUUGUUGGAUAUCAGCUGUUACAAGAGGACAUCAACGCAGUAGUAUUUUAGCAAGCUUACGAACGCAUGUAGGAUACCAUGAGGAUUGUCAUUGGUUUUAUUUCAAAUUGAAGAGGAGAUAUUUUUACGAUGUAAGUGACAGUAGAAACAAGUCCUACAUAUUAUGUUGUUGUACUUGGUAUUGGUAUUAUAUUCAUGUAGAGUAUCAGACAUUAAGUGAAAGUUUUCUGAGGUACAUCUACAAUUGUCGGAAGGCAAAAAAUAAAAAUAGAAAUA